AUGGAGCUUUUUUGGAUUUUAUUAUUCUUCAUUGUGCAUCGCUACGCUCAAGGACAGGGAGUUUACGCUCCUGCGAAUGCUCAGAUCGUGCACUCUGGUCAGGCAUGUGUGGUGAAGGAGGACAACAUCAGUGAAAGGAUCUACACCAUCCGCGAAGGUGAUACACUUAUACUGCAGUGCCUGGUUAAGGGCCAUCCACGACCACAGGUGCGGUGGACCAAGACGGCUGGAAGCGCCUCCGACAAAUUCCAAGACACUCCGAUCUUCAAUGAAACUCUGCGCAUUGACAACAUUCAGCGGGUGCAGGGUGGCCGAUACUACUGCAAGGCUGAGAACGGGGUCGGGGUGGCUGCCAUCAAGUCCAUCCGGGUAGACGUGCAGUAUCUGGAUAAACCAAUGCUAACGGUACAUCAGACGAUCAGUGAUGUACGAGGAAACUUCUACCAAGAAAAGACUGUUUUUCUUCGGUGCACAGUCAACUCCAACCCUCCAGCUCGCUUCAUAUGGAAACGGGCCAACAUUCCCAUCGAACAGAGUAAGGACAAUGGAGUGGACAUCUACGAACCUCUGUAUACCCAGGGGGAGACUAAGGUGCUGAAACUGAAGAAUCUGAGACCCCAGGACUUUGCCAACUACACUUGUCAGGUCUCCGUCCGCAAUGUCUGUGACAUACCAGAUACGUCAGUCACCUUCCAGCUAACGAACGCCACUGCUCCUCCAGCUCUGAAGCUAUCUACAAACGAGACCUACGUGGUAGACCCGGGUCAGGAUGUCACCAUGUCGUGUGAGGUCACAGCAGGCUUUCCCGUUCCAAAUGUGACCUGGGCCCGGUAUCCAGGUCCUCUGCCACGUCGGGCCAUUAUCCGUGGUGGCUUGCUAACACUUCGCUCCAUCACUCCAGCCGAUUCUGGUUUCUACAACUGCACCGCUGUUAACAAUGUGGGAAACCCAGCCAGGAGGAAUGUUAAUCUCGUUGUUAGAUCGAUGAAGAACCUGACUUUCCAGAUCACACCUGAUUCGAACAAAGACGGUGAGAGCAUUCAGAUGGGUCGUGACCUUAAACUGUCAUGUCAUGUGGAUGCUCAGCCUCAGGAUAAGGUCAACUACACCUGGUACAAGAACGGCGUGCCUGUGUACCCUUCAGACAGUCUUAUUGUGCUGCGCAGUGACCCAGACAUGCCCCCCGGUACCAGCAGUCUGGAGAUUGUGGACAUGAAGUUCAGAGACCAGGCCACCUACAGCUGUAUGGCGGCCUUCCCUGGAAGUACCAUUCCUGAGCUUCGGGUGGAUGUCAACAUUACGCAAAGCAGUGUCAUCCCUCCAGUCCUGACCGUACCUGUAGGUGGGGGCGUGGUCAAUGUCAGCGAAGGUGGCGAUGCUGAGCUGGUAUGUCUGGUAGAGGGUAAGCCCAGACCCCCGGUUCUUUGGUCCCGUGCCAACAAGGACAUGCCCAUGCCAUCUGGCGACUGGAUGGUGGAAACACGAGAUGGGCGUCUCCGUCUUACCAACGUGACACGGGACAUGGUGGGUGCGUACAGGUGCCAGACGGCACCGUACAAUGGCCUGAACAUCAAACGCAGAUUGGCACAGGUGCAGCUCAGUGUGGAAUACCCUCCUGUGGUGGAUCCAGUUUUCCAAGAUGUACGCUCUCCCAACUACCAAUCUGUCAUUCUACGUUGCAUGGUGCUUAGGUCCAACCCCAGCCGAAUCGCCAACGCCCGGUGGUACCGCAACACUAUCCCUAUCCGCGCGCCUCCUGUGGACCCUCAAGACAUCCCUCAGCUUCGCUUCAAACUCGAUCCGACUAACAAUGGCACAUAUGAGUGCAAAGUCAGCAAUGGAGUUGGCACCUCCACCUGCACCUUUGUUGUUUCAGCUCAACCAUACAGGGCAGAAUUUUACUUCGACACGCCGAACCCCAUUCGUAUACAGAAGGGCAACAACUACUCCUACAACCUGCAGUGGACACAGAAGGAGCCCAGUGCUGUGGACAGAAUCAUAGGCUACUGGAUCAGCGUGCAACAGAUGGGUCAGAAGGUCCUCUCCAGACAGAUCAAUACUAGAGAGCCAGUGAAAGGAGUCCUGAUGUCAUACACAAUAACAGACCUGCGAAUCCCACUGUCCUACGAGGUGGGCCUUACUCCCAUUACCUCUUUCAGCAGUGGAGACAUCGUCACCCGCACCAUCCAGUACUCAGAGCCCUACACUUAUCCAAGACCUUCAGAUCAUGUGUGCGGUUUUGAAGAUGCCCGGAUCUGCGGUUUCUCUCAGGAUCGCAGCGACGUCUUCGACUGGACCAGACAGAAUCAUUUAAGUCAAAACCCCAAGCGCUCAGUCAAUACCGGCCCGGAUACUGACCGGAGUGGGACCAAAGAAGGUUACUACAUGUACAUCGAGACUUCACGGCCACGUCAAAAAGAAGACAAAGCUCGACUCCUGUCCCCACUUUAUAACGUCACAGCAGCCAGAGGUCCCUCUGGCUCCAGCCGGGUGCCGUACUGUCUCUCCUUCUUCUACCACAUGAACGGAAAACACAUCGGAACUCUGAAUGUUCUGCUAAGGGUGAAGAGUAUUGCUACGGUGGAUUCUUUAGCAUGGACGCUGUCUGGCCAUCAAGGACCCAACUGGAGAAAAGCUAACGUCGUAGUGUAUCCAAGCGGCCCAUUCCAGGUGGUGUUCGAGGGCAUCCGGGGCGAUGGAUUUGAGGGUGACAUUGCCAUUGAUGAUGUCUCUGUCACAAAAGGGAAGUGCAAGCAGGAAAAACUGCCUGAAACAGAUGUGCUUCAAGGAUUGGCCCAAAGCCUUCCACCUGUCUCCUGGAUCGCGCUGCUAGUUAGCAUCUUGUGCCUAAACACCCUGCUCUUCGCCAGAUGAUCAGCGACACAUGUUUGAAUCAUUACGCGUCACCCGCCGCCCCCUGUGGCAUUUCCCAGCACUGCCCAGAUGUGUU